AUGACCCCCUUGAAGACGCUGCUCCUGGUCACGCUCCUCCUGGGGGCUUCUCUGCAGGUCAUGCAUGCAGCACGAGGGACCAACGUGGGCCGGGAGUGCUGCCUAGAGUACUUCAAAGGAGCCAUUCCUCUCAGAAGGCUCAAAGGCUGGUACAGGACCUCAAGGGAAUGUCCCAAGGAAGCCAUCGUGCUUAUAAGUGUCCAGGACAAGCCCAUCUGUUCAGACCCUAAGGACACCAGGGUGAAGAAGGCAGUCAGAUAUUUAAAACGCAUGCACAACCUUGGGCUCCAGCAAUCCUGA